AUGUGGGAACGAUACUUUCGUGGUGUGUCUGCAAUUCUGUAUAUAGUUGAUGCAACAGACAGAGAUAGUGUCCCGAUUUCAAGAACAGAGCUUCAUGAUCUCUUGGAGAAACCUUCUUUAAGUGUCAUUCCUUUGCUUGUUCUUGACAACAAGAUUGAUAAAUCUAAAGCUCUAACCAAGCAGGCUUUGGUUGAUCAGCUGGGUCUUGAUUCAAUCAAAGACAGAAAUCUGCUGUUACAUGAUCUCUUGCAAGGAUUCUAUAAACAUAGACGUUGUAAUUGA